ACUGCCUCUCUUUUUCCCUCUCUUUCAAUCUUAUUCUCGAGGGACGAGGAAGAAGAAUGGAGGCGAUAGCAAAGCACGAUUUCACGGCGACGGCCGAGGAUGAGCUUAGUUUUCGUAGAAGCCAAAUCCUAAAGAUCUUAAAUAUGGAAGAUGACAUGAAUUGGUACAGAGCUGAAUUAGACUCCAGAGAAGGACUCAUUCCAAGUAAUUACAUAGAGAUGAAAAAUCAUGACUGGUACUAUGGAAGGAUAACCAGAGCAGAUGCAGAAAGAUUACUAAUGAACAAACAUGAAGGCGCCUUUCUUAUUAGAAUCAGUGAAAGUUCUCCUGGUGAUUUCUCCUUGUCUGUAAAAUGUUCAGAUGGUGUUCAACAUUUCAAAGUAUUAAGAGAUGCUCAAGGUAAAUUCUUCCUCUGGGUGGUCAAGUUUAACAGUCUUAAUGAAUUAGUGGAAUAUCAUCGUACAGCAUCAGUAUCUCGUUCACAAGAUGUUAAAUUAAGGGAUAUGGUGCCAGAAGAAUGUUUAGUCCAAGCAUUAUAUGACUUUCAACCUCAAGAACCUGGUGAACUUGAAUUCAAACGAGGUGAUGUAAUAACUGUUACUGAUCGUACAGACCAACACUGGUGGCAUGGAGAAAUUGGUAACAGACGAGGCCUGUUUCCUUCUACAUAUGUUACUCCAUAUCACUCCUAGGCCUCAUGUUGUGCACACAGAGGCCAAAGGCAUCGGCCGCAUUAUCCCACCACUAUCACGUACAGGAUCAGACUUACUGCAGAACUAAUCAACAACAUUUUGCAAACUCCGCCUAUUGAAUGGGCUACCAGGAUGUAUUGGUGGUCUAGACGUAGAGUUGUUUGAAUGGACUCGAUAUUAUCGCUAAUACUUUUUAUUGGUCUCACUGAAAAACAUUCUCAGUGUUUAGUAAUUUAUAUAAACAAAUGUAGAGUUCCUGAUAUAGCAUAUAACAGGGUAGCAUGUCUUUUUUGUUAUUGGGUUUAUAAAGAAAAUUUUUCACUGGGACUGAUACUACUAGCCAACGUUUCCGAUAGACAAUUGUGUUAUACAAUAGGCACCUGGUUUGGUUAUCUUAAAUUUCAUUUUUGUGAAUACUCUAGUAGAAAAUAGAUGUGGAAGUAAAUUUACAGUAUUUAUAUAUGACAAAUGAAAUUUCAAAUGGUGUUUCGUAUAUCUUGGUAGUCCAUUGAUGGAGUAUGUGUAUGAAAAUAUAUAACAUUAACUAUAUACAUCAGUGAUGACAAAUAUUGGUCGUAUUAAAGAGGAAAAUGCCUAUUGUUUCGAAAGACAGGUUUAUAAGCGGGCUGGCUGGUAUAAACAUUGUAUUUUUUAAUACGAAUUUGUUGUUCGAGAAACGGGGACCUUGGUGAUAAAGAGCCUAAGUAAGCUAUCCAUAUACGAGAUACGAGAACUUUAUAUAGAUAUAGCAUUAAAACGCGUCGCCAUUUGGCAUAAAAUGCACACCAUUUUGCCUCUAUGUUGUGAAUAUUUUUACAAAUGUUUGGGGAAGAGAGUAUUCUUCCAGCGGUUAAGAUACAUCUGAUAUCAUGACAUCAGAUAUACUUGCUGUGUAUCAUAUAUAGACUUGUAUUAUUCAGACUGUAUGUGGAAUAAUCAUUCUUGCAUCUCUCGAAGUAAAUUUUCUGAAGUAUUAGCAAAAGAAUAGCAGCGGCUAAAAUUAGCUGUUUUGCCUUUUAAUUUUUUCCAAUCAAAUGCAAAUGAUUGGGAAAUUUGAUUUUUACCGUUGUCAACUAUGCUAUAAAACGUAGUUUCUUCGGAUAUUGUGUUUUCUCUUUUGGAGAUUUUAUGAUGAAGAAAAGGGGACGAGAACACAAGUUUUUUUACACAAACGUCGUACAUACGUAUUCAUAUUGAGACUCAAACACAACGACUGAUUUAUCCUUUGUAAUUUAAGAAAUAUUAGCAAUGGAAAGAACGUAGAGAAUUAGAAUAAAUGUAUAAAUUUUUGCAUGAGAAAUUCAUUUGAUUCCACAUUAUUUACUGUCUUCGCAACGAAAAUUUAUGUUCCGUAAUGCAUUUCACUGAUAUGCCAAAAAGCGAUAUACGUAUAUACGAUUAAUAUAAAAUCCGCCGUGCGAGAUAGACUUGACUUUUGAGCGAAUGGUAUGUAUAACGUUUUUGUUUCAAAAUCUAUUAAUUUUAAAAGAGUGAAAGUUCGUGUAUAUUUUUUAAAUACUUCUUUUUAUCUAAUUAUUUCGACAAUCUUGCUUUCUUAUUUCCGUGUAAACAAUAAAGAUCUGUAGUCUUAUUGUGUAAUUAUUAUUAUUCGUUAUGUUUACAUUUUAUUGAUAACAAUAUAUUAUAUUAAUUACU